GCGCCAGCACGAGCCCGGCUCCGGAGCGCUCUCCCGGCUCCUGCGGGCGCGCGCUGGCGGCGGCGCGCGCGCUGGCCUGGAGGCCGACCUGGAGGCCCCUCUGGAGGCCGUCCUGGCCCGGUAGGCUGUGCGCGGGCAAGAUGGCGGCCCCCGGCGAGCCGGCGCGCUUCUCUCGCGGCAGCCUCUUUUCUUUUCUGCCGGGCGGCGUGCGCUCCGAGGUGGCGGAUGACUUGGCGACCGACGCGCGGGGCCGCGGCGCGGGGCGCAGAGACUCCGCCGCCCCGGCCCCGGCCCCGGCCCCGGCCUCGGAGCCGCAGGACGCAGAGGGCGCCUCUCGGAGGCGGCCCUGCCGGGCCUGCGUGGAUUUCAAGACGUGGAUGAGGACGCAGCAGAAGAGGGACAGCAAGUUUAGGGAGGAUUGUCCACAGGAUCGAGAGGAACUGGGCCGUCACAGCUGGGCUUUUCUCCACACCCUGGCCGCUUACUAUCCGGACCUGCCCACCCCAGAACAGCAGCAAGACAUGACACAGUUCAUACAUUUAUUUUCCAAAUUUUAUCCGUGUGAGGAGUGUGCUGAAGACAUAAGGAAGAGGAUAGGCAGGAACCAGCCGGACACUCGCACUCGAGCAUCCUUCUCCCAGUGGCUGUGCCGCCUGCACAAUGAGGUGAACCGUAAGCUGGGCAAGCCUGACUUCGACUGCUCAAAAGUGGAUGAGCGAUGGCGUGAUGGCUGGAAGGACGGCUCCUGUGACUAGAGGAUGGCCUGCCCAAGCCUGGGGGGGUGGGGCAGUCAGCCAGGGCUUGUUAGUGGCCAGGCUGGAGAAGGGUGGGGCACUGAUUAAAGUACAUCUGAACCAGAGCCUGUCUUCUCAGUUGGGUGGUCCCCAGGACAGUACCAUGGGCCUCCCUUCAGGUUAGAGUAGAAGUGGAGAUGUCCACUGCAGGAAACCCCUGCUGAGAUCCUGUGGCACUGUAGGUGAGGGAUGCAGGAGCAGCCCAGGCUGCCUCUUGCCAUUCUGGCUGCAGCCUCUUGUCACUAGGUCAUACACAACACAGGAAGGCAGCCAAGCCUGGCCUGGGUUUUCUGUGCCUGCCCUGUGAGGCCAGGCAGUUGCCUUUCCAUUAUAGGUGGGACACCUGCGGAGCAGUGGACUCAGCGGCCCUGUGCUGUUGGCACUUCAGAAUUGUGGGCUGGAGGCAGAGCUGUUCCCACAAGGAAAGCUCAGGUAGCAUUUUCUCUGAGGGUCCUCCACCAUGCCACACAUUGCCUGCCUGGCACAAGGCCUUCCAUAACUGUUCGAGUCCUGUCAGCAGGGGAUCCCAGGAGCAACUUCCUCAGAGUCUGAGACCAAAAUAAAAUGCUGGAGAAUGCCUGGUUUCUGUGUGCUUUGUGCUGGGUCUUCCAGGGAAGGAUGGGCCUGUUCUUGCCUCUGUGUUCUGGUUCUUUAGGAGCAGGGAAAGGUCCUGAAGUGGAAGCAGGCCAGGGUUGUUCUGGAACAGCAGGGAGGCCCAG